AUAUUUCUACCCGCUGAGCUCAUGUUAAGCAUGCGCCGCCGUCUCCUCCCGUAAAGCACCGUCAGACCAGACUUCGUUCAACAAAUUACCAAUUUAAUAUUAUUCUGAGCUUCAGCUUAAUUAAAGUGAUUGCGACGCUUGUUGUGAGAUUUGUUACACAUCGUUAAGGUGUGGUGUUUAAUUCGGUAUAUGUCUUCUCCACCAAACGGGGUUAUAUUAUGAUAAAUCUCUGCUGUUUACGUCUCUCGGGGCUAGCGCAGGGAACCUGCAGAGAAAUCCUAAACGCUUCAAUUUUAUCGUUGUAUAAUUCUGAAUGUUGUUAUUUUUGAAUAAAUGCCAACGACUCUUCAGGUCUUGUUUUUUUUUUAAAAACAAACAGUGUUGCAUGUUGUCAGAUAACGCGAUCACUAAACUAAUGGUUUUUGUAAGGGAGUUUAGUGCAGAGUUCUCUCCAGCUGCUCGGGGAGCGGAACGAUCGUCUCGCCAAACUCCAUGAAGCAAACAGUCAAUUUAACAUUUCUCUGUAUUUGGACUGAACUGAAAUGAAGUUAGACCUCCAACAGUUUUAUGAAGAGGUUCCCUUUAAUUCGGGUUAUUUUGGGUCCACCCAACUAUGUCAAAUCUCACCUGUUUACAUUUGUCCAUCAUGUUUGUGGAAACAGGCCCAAACCCAGAGUUUCUUCUUCUUUCUUCUUUGGUUUGGGACCCCAUCCCCCAGGAUUCCAUCAUAAGCCCAUAGUCAAUAGGAUACUGAGAGACGGAUGAUGAUCAUCUGGAACAUCAGACUCAGGUUCCCCUGGGGCCCUCAGAGGCCCUCAGGGGCCCCUGGGGGGCAUCAGAGGACCCCGGUGCCCUCAGGGGGCCCUCAACAGCCCAGACAGCACACAGGAAGCAGAAUUCACUGCAUGACUUCUGGUUAAUGUAUUUGUUUUUCAAAUGGAAGUUUUGAAUUGACUUUCAGGACCAGUUGAGUUCAUCAUCACCAUGGCGACGCCGCCAUCAGUCCUGAGAGAGUUCUGCCCGCUCUACUACCUGCUGAAUGCCAUCCCAGCCAAGGUGCAGCGGGGCUUCCGGUCCGUGCUGGUCUACCUGACGGCUCUGGACAGCAGCAGUGAGUUCCUGGCGGCGGGCAGCAGCAUCGGGAUGCUCUACCUGUACUGCCGCCGCCUCGCCCACAUGAACAAGUACAGCCUGGAGGGGAAGAGUGAUGCGAUCACAGCUGUGAAGCUGCUCAGCUGUUUUGAUGAUCUGGUUGCUGUGGGAACAGCGUCCGGACGGGUUGCAGUCUUUCAGCUCGUGUCUCCACUUCCUGGUCGAAACAAACAGUUAAGGCGUUUCGACGUGGUCGGCCUCCAUAAAGGUUCGGUGACGUCUCUGGCGUGGAGCACCAACGGGAUGAAGCUGUUCUCUGGAGACGAUAAAGGACGAGUGGUGUUCUCCUCUCUGGACCUGGACCAGGGCGUGUGUAAACCAGAGCUGCUGCUGGAGGAAUCAUCAGCUGUGGUCCAGCUGGAGUACAGACACCAGCUGCUGCUAGUCUCCACACACCACAGAUCCCUGAUCUACUGCACACAGACACACCAGGCCCAGCAGCUGGGAACCAGGCCCCGCAAGAGCAGCGGCCGGUUCGGAGCCAGCUUCCUGCCGGCUCUCUGUAAACAGAGCGACCUUCAGGUGUUCGCUGCUCGACCUGGACUCAGACUGUGGAGGUCUGACAUCAAAGGACAGGUGGAGGACACACGGCUGCUCAAACCUCUCUUCAGCACACAGAUUCCUCAGUUCGAGUUGUUUCCUCGUCCCGGUCCGAUUGGAGCUUACCGUCCAGCCGACAGACAGCUUGGUCUGCUCAGCUGUUUCCUCAGAGAGGGCUGGAUCCUCAGCUGGAACGAGUACAGCGUUUACGUUCUCGACUGUCUCAACGAGGUGGUCAUUGGGGCGUUGGAGAGCAGUGGAGAUAUCGUAUCAGUGUCGUGUUGUGACAACGAGAUCUUCAUCCUGAAAGGAGACAGAGACAUCAUCCGCCUGUCCAACAGUCCUGAGGGACUGUCCUCUAAUUUGUCUGAGCUGUCCGUCCGCCUGUCCUCACCUUUGACCACUGUUCUUCCACCAACCGGAUCAGUGGAAACAGCUCAGCCAAUCAGAACCAUGGCCAUCAUUGUAGAGGGUGGGGGGAGGGAGGAGGGGGGAGGAGGGUGGGAGAGGCACAGCGAGGACGGGGAGCGAGAGGACGAGGAGGAGGUGGAGGAGGCGGAGGAGCAGCUCUGCCAGCAGUCCGGUUUGUUCACCAGCAGCUCUCGCAGCCGCAGCAGCUCCGUCACGUCCUGGGACAGUCUACAUGGAAACACGCCGAUGACCACCUCCUGCGAGCUGGGCUCCAGGCGCUACAGCGCCCCCAUGGGUCAGGGCGAGAUGCAGCAGGAACUAGUUGUGAAGGCCAUCAGAGUGAAGAAAAAGAAGAGAAGACGACAAGACAGCAGCAGUGGGACCCAUCUCUCUGAGAGCAGCUGCUCAGACUCCAUGUUUGUAGUCCAUGACGGCAGCUGUAGUGACGGAGGAAGUGGAACUCCUCUGAGUGACAGAGCCUCCCUCAUCGGUCUGGACCUUCAGAACCAGGACUCUCCAGAACAACUCCAGGACCAGAACUCUCAGGAGGCCGGGGGUGGAGGUUCAGAUGGAGGUGAAAACGAUGGAGAGGAGGUGGAGUCCUUCUCCAACCAGUCUGGCUCCCUCCUCCCUCCAGGCUCCCUGCUCCUCCAGAGCCCAGAGAACCAGCUAAACCCAGGAAAGGCUCCUGGUCCUGGUCCUGGUGCAGAGGUUGCCCCCCCCACCCCGGAUGUUGACCUGCUGCUGGAAUGCACCUUCUCCUACAUGCACAACACUGAGGAGGAAGAGGAACAGCAGCUAAUGGAGGAGCAGGAGGACGAGUUUCUGAGCCCUCUGAUUGGACCAGAGGAAGAUGAGAAUGAGGACCUGGCGCCUCCUCCUGGUCUGGCAGACCAGAUGUUUUACUCCACCAUGUCCAGUCUGGACAGGAAACCCAGCAUGUCCAGUGAUGAAGAGGGAGACAUCUACUGUCACACUCUGCCCCCUACUGGCACUGCCGGAGAGGUCCUCACCUGUCUAUCCAAUCAGUCAGAGAAGACAGUAGGCAGACAGACAGACCAGGACCAGGACAGAGAUGCACAGAAACCACCUGACCAGCUGGCAGAGAGCUGGAUGGGAUACUCAGGACCAGGAUGUGGAAUCCUGAGUCUGCAGGUGACGGACAGGUUUGUGUGGUGUCUGGACUUUAAAGGAGGACUGUUCUGCAGCAGUCUGCCUGAAACUGGACUCAACUGGCAGCGCUUCGAAGACAAUAUCCACCAAGUGGCGCUGUCCUCAUCAGGUAACCUGCUUUGGAAGGUGGAGCAGAAGAGCAUGACGGCGUUCGCUUGUGCCAAAGUAUCGGUGAAAGGAAAGCGGCACUGGUACAAAGCAGUGGAGCACGCCGCCUUCGUGGCUCUGAGCGACGACUCGGCCUGGAUCAUCAAGACCAAUGGAGACCUCUACCUGCAGACGGGUCUGAGCGUGGAUCGGCCGUGUGCUCGCUCUGUGAAGGUUGAGUCUCCGUGUGUGUUCAGCCAGGUGUGUGUGAGUGCAGGUGUGGUCUGGGCUCUGAGCGAACACAAAGCUCUGUUCUACAGAGAAGGACUGAACAGCUACUGCAGUGAGGGAGAGGGCUGGAAGUAUGACACCGUCAGCGAGGCUCAGGGUCUGGAGCUGGUGUGCGUGGCUCUGGGGGCAGGGGGGACGGCCUGGGCGCUGGAUGCCAGCGGCAGCCUCUGGUUCCGGACCGGGAUCUGCUCGUCCCGGCCACAGGGCGAGGACGACCACUGGUGGCAGAUCAGUAUCUCUGACUACGUGGUGUUCGACCAGGGCAGCCUGUUCCAGACGCUGCUGCAGGCCACGCAGAGUGUUGCCACGGUGACCAGAGCGCCGGUGGAGCGUGUGGUGGCGUUCUUGUCGCAGUACUCGCAGUGCCAGCCCAGUCUGGUCAGCGCCAACAGCAGCGGAGUCUGGGUCGCCUCAGGACGGAACCAGCUGCACCUGGCCCGCGGCAGCCUCGUGGGGACUUUCUGGCAGAAUGUUGUUCCAAGAGGAACCGUCUCAGCCACCAGGUGGACCUUCAUCACGUCUUCAGCUGUGCCUCACGGAGAAGGCACGUUCCUGUGGUUGGCUCAGAGCAGGAAGGAUCUGUUCUGUGUUUGGGACCAGGAUGGAGAGCUCCGCCCCUCGUCAGUCUCUCUGCCCGUGGAGAUGGAGCUGACUCACCUGUCUGCCUGUUGUGAUGCUCUGUGGGCUUUAGACACUCACGGCCGAGUCAGUAUUCGAACGCUGUCUCCGUCUUGUCCCUUCGGACUCCACUGGACCCCUCUGGACCUCAGCCAGCUUGGAAGUGUCCGUCUGGUCAGUGUGAGCUGUGGCAGUCAGAACGUCUGGGCUGUGGACAGUCGAGGAGUUGUUUACUUCAGAGUUGGAACCCAACCGAUGAACCCGAGCAUGAUGCUGCCGGCCUGGAUCCACAUAGAACCUCCUGGACAGCCAAUAGGAGUGCAGCUAGUCAGUAUUCAGACAAGUCCUAACGAUCGUCUCCUCUGGGCGUUGGACAACAGAGGAAGUGUCUUCGUCAGGACCGGACUCAGUGAUGAGAUGCCUGUGGGGACGGACUGGGAGCUGGUCCCAGGUUUGGCCGUCAGUCAGCUGGUCCUCAGCUGUCGGACUGUUUGGGUUCGGUGUGUAAACGGAGACGUGGCGCGACGUUACGGCGUCUCCGACAGAAACCCGGCAGGAGAUUACUGGAAGAAGAUCCCCGGAAACACACACUGGUUAACUGUGACCCCUGAGGACGAGUUGUGGGCGGUGACUCUGAUUGGUGGAUUGUCCCGUCGCCUGACAAAGCUCCUCUCACAGGCUCCUUGUAGACUGGCCCCCUCAGCCCCCCCCCUCGGCGGUGACGACGUCGACGACGAAUGGGAGCUCAUCUAACUGAUGACUUCACAGUGAUGUCACUGUUUGGUGUUGGUCUGGUGGGAUGCAGUGAUGUCACAGUGACACCACUUCCCGUUUUCAAAUUUCCUCCUGAAGCAGGAAGUGGGCUGUGAUGUCACCACUGGACCGAUAGCAGGCUGGUGACAUCACUUCCUGUGACUUUUCUUAAAAAAGAUGGCCACACAUAGGGAGCCCAGGUGGCUGCUGGGAAAUGAAGUGAACUGAAACUUUGUUUUAUUUUUGUUUUAACAGGAAGCACUUUAAUCUGAAGGGAAGGUGGGCUACAGAGGAACCGGUUCUAACUGGUUCUAACUGGUUCUAACUGGUUCUAACUGGUUCUGGUGGAUUCUGACUGGUUUUGGCAGGUUCUAACUGGUUCUAAGUGGUUUUGACUGGUUCUAACUGUCUCUAAGUGUUUCUUACUGGUUCUAACUGGUUUAACUGGUUCUUACUGGUUCUAAAUAAGGCAUUCCAGCUCCAGUCUGGUUGUUAAGGACAUUAAAGGGACGUCUCUGUUUUUUUUAAAUCCAACAUUCAUUCAGAGAUAAUUGUGACUUGAAUGUACAACCACAAAUCCAAAAAGUUGGGACGCUGUGCAAAUGUAAAUAAAACAGAGUUUAAUAAUGUGUUAAUUCUUUCUGACAUUUAUUCAGCUUAAAACUGUCUUAAGACAAAAUAUUUAAUGUUCAAACUGAACAUUUUAUUCAUUGUAAAUUUGAGCCCAGUGUUUAUAUUCACAGUAAAGUUUACCAGUUUGUCUUUGUCUAGUUUCCAGUUGAAUAAAUGUCAGGAAGGAUCAGCACAUCACUCUGUUGUAUUCACGUUUAUUUACCUUCGGUGUAUAUAACAACUACCGAGGAAGAAUGAGGAUCCGUCAGGACGAGGUUCUAAAUCUGCUAAUAUUUACUUCAGUGCAGUCCCGUCUGGUCCUGGUUCUGGACUGUGCCAUUAAAGGGACGUCUCUCUCUGUGCAGUUUGGUUUAGGCUAAACUGGAAUUUAGGGGAUUAUAGACUUAAAGGGACUCUUAUUCUGGUUCUACUGGUUCCAUCCACACGUUUCUGUUGAAUAUCAAAGGGACAUUUCACAGUUCUGUAACUGAAUCUCAGUCCAGUUCUUCCUUUCUCUUCUUCAGUUUUAUUCUGCUGAAUCUUCUGGCCGGGUUCAACCGAGUUAUAUUAGGUUCAGUUGGGUUGUUCUGGGGUAAAUGUGGUUUAACUGGUUAAACUGGGAUCAGACUGGAACAGACUCAUCUCAGUUACUGUGGCAAGAGGCAGGAGCUCUGCCCCCUGAUGUAAAAAUGUAAAUUAAAAUGUUUGUUGUUGAAAAUCACGUUUAACUCUUUAAAUACGAUUAGAACAAAUUCUGGACUCGCUCGAACACUGGACCCUGAUGGACUCAGAUGGACCCUGAUGGACUGUAAUGGACCCUGAAGGACUCUAUUGGACCCUGAUGGACGGUAGUAGACCCUGAAGGACUUUAAUGGACCCUGAAGGACUCUACUGGACCCCGAUGGACUCUAAUGGACCCUGAUGGACUCUUCUAGACCCUGAUGGACUCUAAUGGACCCUGAUGGACUCUUCUAGACCCUGAUGGACUCUAAUGGACCCUGAAGGACUCUACUGGACCCUGAUGGACUCUACUGGACCCUUGUGUACUGUAGUGGACCCUGAAGGACUGUAGUGGACUCUGAUGGACUGUAGUGGACAUUUAAAAAAAACUUUAAACUCACCCUCUUCAUUUCAAACAGCGUUGCCAUGGAAAUCUUUGCAGGUGACUCCAUCGUUAUGUCAUCCUGAUGUCAGCUGAUUGGUCGAAUGUUCUGACCAAUAAGAAUUCAGUGUAGACUCACCUGGUGGUUUAAUUCCUUAAAUUAAUAAACAUGUUUAAACACAA